AUGAACACGCAGCUGGAGGCUCUACCGGUUCAGGUACCUCCAAAUCCUCGCUUCGAUCCGCCACUCUCAGUCCAGCGCAACGCACACAUACACCAAGAGCUCCUCUCGCUCCCCGUUCCCCGCCCAACGUCUCUCCUCGACCUCGGCUGCGGUUCCGGCCCUCUCAUCUCAUUUCUUACUCCAUGCGAUGAUCGACUUCCGCUGCAACAUCUGAAGGGUGUGGACGUCGAUCUGAGUGAGUGCCAAAAAGCGGUAGAGAGGACAGCGGUAACGGAGGCGGAUCACGGGGUAGGGAUAAGGUGGCGGAAAUUGGAAGUUGAGAUUUGGGAAGGCGAUUUCAGGGAUAUCGGGAAGGAGUGUGAGGCAGAUGUAGUUGUUGCGAGUGAGGUUGUGGAGCAUCUUGAUCCUGAGAUUCUUGAGGCGUUUCCGGAGGUGGUGUUUGGGCGGCUGGCGCCCAAGGCGGUGGUGUUGACAACUCCGAAUAGGGAGUUUAACGCAGUUUUCGAGUUGCUCGAGGAGCUUGCCUGGGAUGCGGAAGGGGAGCAGGGCGAGGGGGACGCUCGUGUCGGGGGCUUCACCAGACCUGGUGUGCCGUAUCGGAUGCGACAUCAUGAUCACAGAUUCGAGUGGACUCGUCCAGAGUUCAAUCAAUGGUGUCACGCCAUCGCUUUCAAGUUUAAUUACGAGGUUGAGAUGUCUGAGAUAGGCACAGUGAAAAACCUCAUCGAUGCGUCGUCGCCGUCCAUUGAACCGUACGUGGAGUUACUGCUGCCGUUUCGAGAUACAGUGGGUGAAGCGAGUCAGUGUGCGUUGUUUACCGUUCUUCCUUCUUCGCCAGCGGCGUUGUCGGGUACCGGUGCAACGACCUCGAGUCCCAGCGCGAACAAUGUCCGCAAGGGAAGAUCGGCGCUGACACCAAUCAGACGACAUAUUUACCCUGUCGCUGAGAAUGAAGGUUGGCCACCUUCCAUGGACAAAGUUUUGAGCUGCGUGAGAGACGUUGCCAGCAUCUUUGUCCCCAAAAAUGCGUUUGAGAAGGCGAAACUGGUUACAGCCACGAAUACGGGUUGUGACUUGCGCGGAUGCAAGGCGAACAAGGAGAAGGUCAAAGUCAAAGCGACUCCGAAAGAGGUUUGGGACAUGAAAUUCGAGCUACAAAGGGUAUGGAGGUAUCAUUUUGGGCUAUUUUGCAGCAUGCUUGGGGAGGUGAAGGGAGAGAGGUGGCCGUAUGACGACACCGUCGACAUUGAGUUACAGACGGAUGAACAAGAGGCGCAAGAGCCUUACGAGGUCCUGCGCGAUCGAGACGAGCCGAAACUGGUAGCUAUAAACGUUGAAGGGCAUGCAGGCCAGAGUGGAAGCGAGGACGACGUGGUGAUCGUGUUUGAGUUCUGUUUAAGGCCACCGGGAGGGGAAGAAGGAGAAAUUGCAGAGGUGGAUGCCUUUGAAGAGGCAGAGUGGGAAAUGGAAGUGAACGACGCGGUGCCACAAGCGAGUACGGAGACGAUUGUUGGGUGGGACUGA